AUGUUGCUUGCACUUAACUUGCAGAAUGAAAGUUUCCUGCUCAAUCUCAGCCACGGGGAGACUAGAGACUCUCUCCCUCCUGCCACUGGGCUGAGUAGGACAGCGCACAGUGUUGUGGCAGUCUGCCUGGGCUGUAUUCUGGUGCUUGGAUCUCUGUACAACUCUUUCGUACUUCUCAUAUUCGUGAAGUUUACAGCAAUCAGGACCCCAAUAAACAUGAUCCUGCUGAAUAUCAGUGUCAGUGACCUAUUGGUCUGCAUAUUUGGGACUCCAUUCAGCUUUGUUUCCAGUGUAUCAGGGGGCUGGCUGCUGGGACAGCAAGGGUGCAAGUGGUAUGGAUUCUGCAAUUCCCUCUUUGGAUUGGUAUCCAUGAUUUCUCUUUCCAUGUUGUCCUAUGAGCGCUACCUUACAGUACUGAAAUGCACAAAAGCUGAUAUGACAGACUACAAGAAGUCUUGGCUUUGUAUAAUUGUGUCGUGGCUCUACUCCCUGUGUUGGACCCUGCCACCUCUCAUUGGCUGGAGCAGUUAUGGCCUAGAAAGCUCAGGCACCACCUGUUCAGUGGUAUGGCAUUCAAAAUCAUCAAACAACAUAUCCUACAUAGUGUGCCUUUUCCUCUUUUGUUUGGUUCUGCCCCUGUUCAUCAUGAUAUUUUGCUAUGGACACAUCGUCAGAGUAAUACGAGGGCAGGUCUGUAGGAUCAACAUGACAACAGCUCAGAAGAGGGAGCACCGCUUACUUUUUAUGGUAGUUUGCAUGGUCACCUGCUAUCUGCUGUGCUGGAUGCCAUACGGUUUAGUCUCUUUGAUGACAGCAUUUGGAAAACCUGGAAUGAUCACACCAACAGUUAGCAUUAUACCCUCCAUUUUGGCCAAGAGCAGCACAUUUAUUAACCCAUUAAUUUACAUCUUCAUGAACAAACAGUUUUACAGGUGCUUUAUAGCAUUAAUAAAAUGUGAAUCGGGCCCUCACCACAAUGAGAAUAUUUCUACUUCCCGACAAAGCAGAGAGAUGCGGUUGGAAACGAGGUGCAAGGUUCAAAGCAGCAUCUUUUAUACUCACAAAGCGAGGAGGACAAAGGACACAACAUCUUCACCAGAAAUGCAAAGAAAAUUGACUCUUACAGUACAUUACAGGGAUGAUAGAUGA